AUGUCUGCUGGAACGGAAUUACUAUCUACCGUGGAACCGCACCUCAUACCCGGAUAUGCUGGAUACUGUCCUCAAUACCGCUACAGGUGCGGUGAAACUUAUGGUAGUAUUACACAUAAAUUGCUUCUUGAUCCCACAGUAAAUCAUGCAGAGACACUGAUCUUAUCAAAUCGAGCCACCGAUGAUUACGAAGUUCAAAGACCGUCAAAAAAUGACAUAGACAUUGUAAAUUCUCGAUACAAAAGAACUGAUCCUAUAUUCGUUCAUCCCCUCAUGCCAGGCUACGAAGGCUUUACACCAAGAUUAAAUGCUAGGAAUGGACAAAGAUAUACUAUACUUGCCACGGAAGGACUGGCAGAGUUUGAACGACAACAACUGAAAAAUAAAGCUGCCCUUAAUGAACUAAAAACGACGGUAGCUUUACAAAGUGGCCUCGGUGAACCACGAAAUUUAGAAGAUCGUCUGCUUAUUAAAAGUCAAUUCAAAUUACCUAUACUGUCUGUUCGACCCGAUUGUGUGGGCGUAAUGAGAAACUUAUUUCUGGAUGAACAACAUGAACCACCUAGAGAUCAUUCGCCAUCUCCUUAUUUCAUGGAGAAUUCAAAUCCAAAGAAAUAUUUUAUUAGUCGAUACGCGGGUCAUAUACCCUACGGAUAUGCACACUUUGGUGUAUCAAAUGUUCCUGCCACCAACAGCGCGUUAACUGAAUUCACGUCUAAUUAUCGAAAACGUCAAAGUACAGAAUGGGCACCGGUAACAAUUUCACGACCUGAUCCACCACUCGUAAUUCAACCAACCGCGAUUUACCACAAACACGUUGGCAUGAUACCAAAUUACCUUGGCCAUGUCCCGGGAGAAACAUUUAGAUUUGGUAAAACUUUUGGAGCUGAUACUAAGGAUGCAAAGAAGUGGUUACGCGGAGAUUUCUCCGUAUAA